CGUGCCCGCCCCGCCCCGCGCCCGCCCUCGGGCCGGGGCCCCGUCCGCCUCCCCGCCCACUCCAGCUCUGUGCCCCCAGGACCUGGGUCGGGUCCCAGCCCGAGAGGAGCCUCCCAGAGCCCAGCCCGGCCGGGCCUGCGGGCGUCGGCGGCCAUGGCGAGCACCCUGGACCUGGACAGGGGCUGCACGGUGGAGGAGCUGCUCCGGGGUUGCAUUGAGGCCUUCGACGACUCGGGGAAGGUGCGGGACCCGCAGCUGGUGCGCAUGUUCCUCAUGAUGCACCCCUGGUACAUCCCGUCUUCCCAGCUGGCUGCCAAACUGCUGCACAUCUACCAACAAUCCCGGAAGGACAACUCGAAUUCCCUGCAGGUGAAGACGUGCCACCUGGUCAGAUACUGGAUUUCGGCGUUCCCAGCGGAGUUCGACCUGAACCCCGAGCUGGCGGAGCAGAUCAAGGAGCUGAAGGCCCUCCUGGACCAAGAGGGGAGCCGGCGGCACAGCAGCCUCAUCGACAUCGACAGCGUGUGCGUGGGGGGCGCUCGGGGGCGGGGGGCGUCGGCACCCCACACCCUCUGGGAAAGCCUGACGGAACUGGUCACGGCCACGGGGAACUACGGUAACUACCGCCGCCGGCUGGCGGCCUGCGUGGGCUUCCGCUUUCCCAUCCUGGGCGUGCACCUCAAGGAUCUGGUGGCCCUGCAGCUGGCCCUGCCCGACUGGCUGGACCCGGCCCGCACCCGGCUCAACGGCACCAAGAUGAAGCAGCUCUUCGCCAUCCUGGAGCAGCUGGCCAUGGUGACCAGCCUGCGGCCGCCCAUGCAGGCCAACCAUGACCUGCUCAGCCUGCUCACGGUGUCUCUGGACCAGUAUCAGACCGAGGAUGAGCUCUACCAGCUGUCUCUGCAGCGAGAACCGCGCUCCAAGUCCUCGCCCACCAGCCCCACCAGCUGCACCCCACCUCCGCGGCCCCCCGUGCUGGAGGAGUGGACCUCCGCGGCCAAGCCCAAGCUGGACCAGGCCCUGGUGGCCGAGCACAUUGAGAAGAUGGUGGAGUCUGUGUUCCGGAAUUUCGACGUGGAUGGCGACGGCCACAUCUCGCAGGAGGAAUUCCAGAUCAUUCGAGGCAACUUCCCUUACCUCAGCGCCUUCGGGGACCUCGACCAGAACCAGGAUGGCUGCAUUAGCCGGGAGGAGAUGAUCUCCUACUUCCUGCGCUCCAGCUCCGUGCUGGGGGGCCGAAUGGGCUUCAUACACAACUUCCAGGAGAGCACCUCCUUGCGCCCGGUCGCUUGCCGCCACUGCAAAGCCUUGAUUCUGGGCAUCUACAAACAGGGCCUCAAGUGCAGAGCCUGCGGUGUGAAUUGCCACAAACAGUGCAAGGACCGCCUGUCGGUGGAGUGCCGGCGCAGGGCCCAAAGCGUGAGCCUGGAGGGCUCCGUCCCCUCCCCAUCCCCCACGCACACCCACCACCGGGCCUUCAGCUUCUCCCUGCCCCGCCCGGGCAGGCGUGGGUCCCGGCCGCCUGAGAUCCAGGAGGAGGAGGUGCAGGCGGUGGAGGAUGGAGUCUUUGACAUCCAUUUGUAAGAGAUGCUGUGACCAUGUCGAUUCAUUCCUACCUUGGAAAAAAGUCUUGGACCAGAAUAGGGAGCCCG